UUUCUACCGGUCUCUGGAAAUACUUCRAAAACUGUUAUGGCGGAAUCAGAUAUACUUCUUUCUAUGGGUGCAGAGCUGGAAGUGUCGCCCCUUUCUAGUGCAAUUCCACCAGGUAUAACAGUGCUUAAAACAUCAAAUCCGUGGGAGRUAUUUGGAGUUUAUUGCAGUCAGACUAUGAUACCACGAGGGGCAAGAUUUGGUCCAUUUACAGGGAAAGUAUUUUCAAGAAAAGAUCGAAAAGUSUCAUACUAUAUAGACGGAACUGACGAUUCGACMAACUGGAUGAAAUUUGUCAAAAGCGCCAUCUCUGAUGAAAUGCAAAACWUGUCAGUSAUUCAACAAGGUGAGGAUGUCUACUACGAAGCUAAUAAACCAAUCUACAAAGGCACAGAGCUUGCAGUCUGGUAUGGGAAGAACUAUGAGGUAUUCAUGGGAGUACCGCUGGCUUUAAGGAAAGUGGACGCACAACAAUUACCACGAACGCUUGAAACUUCAGAGUGUGGAUUUUCAUGUCAAAGAUGUGGCAAAGUGUUUGCUUACAGGUACUACCGUGACAAACACCUAAAAUACACCCGAUGCAUYGACAACGGUGACAGAAAGUUUCCCUGCUCGUUAUGUGACAGAUCCUUUGAAAAGCGUGACAGAUUACGUAUUCACGUGCUCCACGUGCACCAAAAAUACCGCCCACAUCAGUGUAGUGUCUGCACUAAAAGAUUUUCACAAUCUUCGAGCCUAAACAAGCACAUGAGAGUACACAGCGGCGAGCGGCCGUAUAAAUGCCCCUAUUGUGAAAAGGCRUUUACAGCGUCGUCCAUACUUCGCACCCACAUUCGCCAACAUAGUGGCGAGAAGCCAUUCAAGUGUAAGCAUUGUGGGAAAGCAUUUGCAUCUCAUGCCGCACAUGAUAGUCACGUGCGAAGAACACACACCAAAGAAAAACCAUGCGUCUGCCAAUAUUGUGGAAAAGCCUUUGCGCAGUCGUACGAGCUCAAGUUCCACAUUAAUAUGCACACGGGAGCUAAACCAUACACGUGCGAAAAGUGCGGACGCGGKUUUUCCAGUCCUUCGUCACGUGAUAGACAUCGUGUUCAUUUUGAUUGCACGACAAGAAAAAAUCGCGCGCCGAAGACGAUGAAAAAACAUCAGCUGGUGUCGAUAGUGCCAAGGCAGUAGAAUCAUGUAUACAGGUGAUGAUCGGGUAAUG